CAUGAAAGAGCCUCCUGCUAUUAUUUUUCACAGAUCUCAAUUCGCCAAUCGGCCAAAAACCAGCAACUGCUCUUUAAAUUCAAAGUUAUUAUUCAUUGAGGAGCAAAUCUUAGAAUGUAUGUGCGCCUGUGCGUGUGAAUCGAGAGAGCAGAGAAAUUUCACUCGAAAAAGCUUCCCGCGGUUCUUCCUCAUCCGCAUCGUUUCAGCAGGAAAACGUUGUGGGCAUCUCCUCAGCAGCGCAGCCUCUCAGCAACGGUGAAAGGCUGUUAGGCAGAAGAAUCACAGAUCACUGCCAACAAAUACUUGAAAUACCGUACGCAUCAGAAAGAAGCUUGGCUCAGUAACUUUGUAGGUGAGGGCUGGCAAUGGCCCUCCCUCUCGCAUCCAUCCCUCACUGGACUCUUAAGGCAAAAAGCUUAUAGGUGACCAAGUCAUGGAGUUCAACACUUCAACCUGCUAUUUCUAGUUUCCCGAUAGCAUCAGGUCACCACCAAGCAUGAGAAUAAUCCUAUCUUGCACAGAGGAAGUACUGAGAUCGUGGGGCAUUAAUUAAGAAGUCAACUUUUUGAGGCCUCCACUUUUCAGUCUCAAAAUGUCAUCCUUGAAGAAUGUAAUCCAUAGGCGCAUUCACAAAGAGCGGUCCCAGCCAGAAUCAAGGAAAAAGUUUGGUUUCCUUCAGAAACACAAAGACUAUGUUCUAAGGGCUCGGGAUUUUCAUAAAAAAGAGGAAACGAUCCGAAAACUUAAAGAGAAAGCAGCGUUCAAGAACCCUGAUGAAUUUUACUUUAAGAUGGUCAACACAAGGACUGUUGACGGAGUACACAAGCCUGCGAAUCGAGCCAACAAAUACAGUGCCGAGGAACUCUUGAUGAUGAGGACUCAAGAUAUGGGCUAUGUGCUUCAGAAAUCUCAGAGUGAAAAGAAGAAAAUUGAAAGAUUGUCCUCCACAUUACAUUAUCUAGGCAAUCGUCCGGCAAGUAAACACAUUUACUUUGCUGAUGAUAGGGAGGAGGCCAAAGAGAUAAGAUCACAUUUAUCUGGAAAAGAAGCGUCUCCCCAUUCUAGAUCUGCAGAUAUGCCAGAAAUAAUAAAGAAAACUGCUGCAUCGUAUGAGGAAUUGGAGGCCAGGAAGAAGAGAGUGAAUACUCUAGAAAGGAUGUACAUGGACAUGGCAUUGCAGACAGAGUUGCAGAAGAAAGGAAGAAAAAGGAAGCUUCGUGAUGAUGAGCUUGUUUGCCCAACAGACCGACCUGUGUACAAAUGGCGGAAAGAGAGGAAACGUUAGAUACAGUGCACGGACCGACUGAAACAACAAUCGGACUCAACGGGAGGUCAGUCAUUGUGUACUUUGUUUUUGAAGAAUGUAUCGCAAAUAUCACUUGAUUGUUGGAAGAAAAAUUUUGGUAGACCAUUGAAGGAAUGCUCUCUUCUCGGCUCUUUGAUGUAAAUCAAUGCCUUUUGUUUGACUUUCGGAAUCAUUCAUGAGCUAUAUCCUUGUUGUAACUUGUAAAGCAUUUCUUUGAGAUUUUUUCAUGGGAAUGAGACAUCCACUUCCUUUUAUGGAUGCCCAAUGUGGGUUAAGGACUUAUGUAGAAUCAAUGCAUAACUGGGUCUCCUUUAUUCUA